UCAGUAUUAAAUUUCCUAAGAGAUGCCGAUGUAUUUUUGGGAACAAUAACUGCAGCUGAAAUAAUGCGCGGAGAAACAAAACCUACUCUGGAAUUAUUGUGGAGAAUUAUUUUGCAUUUUGAAAUCGAAUAUAAUGAAGAUGAUAAUGAUAGGGAUGCUGAAAGUGGUCGGAAAAUAUUGAUGAAUUGGGCCAGAGUGACCACGGAAAGAUACUACGGAGUCCUGGUCUCCGACUUCGGCGCGUCCUGGCGCGACGGUCGCGCGUUCAACGCAAUUCUUCACCGCAACCGGCCCGACUUAUUCGACUGGAAGUCAGUCAGCGUCCAGACCGCCGCCGAGCGCUUGCUGACCGCCUUUCGCCUAUCGGAACAGGAAUGCGGGGUAAUAAGACUACUAACCCCAGAAGUUGUGGACAUUCAUGAACCUGAUGAGAGGUCCAUUAUGACCUAUGUAGCAAUGCUGAGACGGAAGUUUCCUUAUCCACCUGUGAGACAUCCUUUGGCUAAUGAGAAUUCCAUUUCGAAGAAGGAGAAUUUCUUCUUUUUGUCUAAUGGGAGUUAUUGAGUUUCAGGAAUAAGAAGUAUUAUUUUUAUAAUUUUUUUGUUUUUUAAGCAUCAUGUCGUUCUGUUUGCGGAGAUUGAAUUUUAAAAGUGACGGUUUGCGUUUGGCAAAUGUACGGUUUAGUGAAAUGUAUACUAAAACAAGGAAGAAUUUGAAUAUCACAAAGGAAACUAAACUUAUGGUCCAAGGAUUUACAGGAAAACAGGCUACUUUUCAUUGCAAGGCAGCUAUAGAAUAUGGGACAAAAGUUGUGGGAGGUGUUAAUCCAAAGAAAGCAGGUACGAAGCAUUUAGACUUACCAGUUUUUGCAUCUGUAAAAGAAUGUAAAGAUGCAACCAAAGCUGAUGCUACUGUUAUAUAUGUGCCACCGCCUUCGGCAGCAAAAGCUAUUAUGGAAGCUCUUGAUGCUGAGAUCGGUUUAAUAGUCUGUAUCACUGAAGGAAUACCUCAACACGAUAUGGUUAAAGUAAAAUAUAGACUUGAAAGACAAGAUAAAUCCCGUUUAAUUGGUCCUAAUUGUCCUGGAAUCAUAGCACCAGAAUGGUGCAAAAUUGGCAUCAUGCCAGGAGAUAUUCACAAAAGAGGAUCAAUUGGCGUUGUUUCUAGAUCAGGCACAUUAACUUACGAAGCAGUAAACCAAACAACGGUUGCUGGUCUUGGUCAAACAUUGUGUGUUGGAAUCGGCGGCGAUCCAUUCAAUGGAACAAAUUUUAUCGACUGCCUCGAUCUCUUUAUCCAAGACAAAGAUUGCAAAGGAAUUGUCUUGAUUGGAGAAAUCGGAGGAUCAGCUGAAGAAGAUGCUGCUGAAUUUCUGAUGGCCCAUAAUAAAGGAUGUGAGGCUAAACCUGUGGUGUCUUUUAUAGCAGGAUUGACGGCUCCUCCAGGUCGAAGGAUGGGGCAUGCUGGUGCGAUUAUUUCAGGAGGAAAGGGUACUGCUCAGGAUAAAAUUAAGGCGCUUAAUGCUGCAGGUGUUGUUGUUACGCCAAGUCCCGCCGAAAUGGGUAAUGUGAUGAAAAAAGAAAUGAAGAAGAGGGAACUUAUAUAGUAAUUAAAAUAGGUUUUAGAAAAUGUUGAGUGUUGUUAAUUUUAUGCGUGUCUUUUUUAAGUUAAAAUGGCUGUCUUCAAUUUUUGCAUAUUAAACUUUAAUUUAUAGCUCCUAAUUUAUUGU